AAGAAGUCACGUCAUUUGACCGCGCCAUCUCCACAAGCAGGCACAUUUCAAUGACAACCUGCAUAUGUAACAAAUAUUAAUUACAGAAUAAUAGAGCCACAUAACAAUGCAACGAGCCGUUUUUGCACACAUUGAGUGGACGCAUGUUUUCAGUCCUUUGAGGAUAGGACAAUGUUGUUUGAAUCACAGAGCACUACCAGUACAGCUCAGUUCUCGGGCAUACAGUGUGAUACCGCCCCCGCGCGACGAAGCAGAGAAGGCUCUGCUGCACAGUAUGUUGCGGGUGGACCACGCAGGGGAAUACGGUGCCAACCGCAUCUACGCCGGCCAGAUGGCAGUGUUGGGAAGGUCACAGACAGGACCGCUUAUUCAGGAAAUGUGGGAUCAAGAGAAGAAGCAUCUUGCCAAAUUCAAUGAGAUCCUUGCAGAGAACAGAGUUCGCCCAACGUUGCUGUUGCCCCUCUGGAACGUUGCAGGUUUUUUACUUGGAGCAGGCACCGCUCUACUGGGUAAAGAAGGGGCCAUGGCCUGUACUGUGGCUGUGGAGGAGAGCAUCUCAGAGCACUACAACAGCCAGAUCAGAGCCCUCAUGGAGGAGGACCCAGACAGAUACGUAGAGCUGUUAAAAUUAAUAAAGGAAUUCCGAGAUGAUGAGAUGGAACAUCAUGAUACAGGACUGGAGCACGAUGCUGAAUCUCUACCCGGAUACAAGGUUUUGAAGAGUGCAAUACAACUUGGCUGCACAGCCGCAAUAUUUGUGUCUCAGCGCCUAUAAAGUGAUGGGGAUAGUGUGUUAUCCUGCUAUACUAAGGUAUUGUGGUCAUCACUGACAGAGCUGGAACCUACCUUCCUUAUCAAGUUUACUUUGUAACAUCAUUGAUACUAAGUAAUAUACUACAUACUGUAAUUACCUAUCUGUUAGGUUUAAUUGUUUGAAUGACUAAUCACCUUUCCACUGCAACCCCCCCCCCCCCCCCCCCCCCGUGCCUUUGUAAUUCCCCGAAAGAUAAAUAUCUAACAUAGCUCUAACUAGGACAUAUCGAUAUUGGCAUUGUUAUGCCAUCACCAUACCUUUCAACAAACUAUCCUGUUUCACACAUUAUGUGUCAUAAAUCACAAUGAACAAUGGCUUGUCAGUCCAGAUGAAUGGUUAAGCCUCUUACACAGCUGUUCCAGUACAUUAGAUCAGAGUGAAAGAAGGAUUGACAACUGAUGGGUGCUGGCAGGGGGGUCUAGCUAAUCUAUGCCGUUCAGCGCUGCAGAGAAAAGUGUUCCGGUGGUUCAGUUUACUCCCCAGAGACCCCUGUAUUGACUAUAGGGAUAGAAGUGUCCUUAUAGUAUGUUCUGUACUGACCUAGUGCCUGAGAUCUGCCCUAGCCACUUCAGAUGCAGUGUAUAUAGUACACAUCAGUUAGCACAGAGAGACGUAUUGAACUCCAUUCCACGUGCAAUGUCUACGACAGAAUGUAAAGUAGCAAAGAGAGAAUACAAAGUAGCUGCGUUGUUGUUGGUGCAACAAGGAGGGUUUAAAGGAACAGUGUGAUAUCAUGCUUUUGACGUAUAUUAUUCUUCGACAGUACCGAUCCUGCUCUGUAUGCGAGGGUACCUCUGGCAUCCAAGCCACAGCCCACUUAUGUGCUUUCUGCCCCUGCCGGCCCAUGAACGGCCCGCUGAACUGUUUCCGCUCCUGCCGCCCCAGCCAAGGCCCAUGAACAGCCCACUGAACUGUUUUCUGCCCCAAUGUCGAGGGACGUGCUUUUGUCUUGACAUGAGACUACUGUAGAUGUCUGAAAAAAUCUGACAAACUUUAAUUUGGAAGUGUAAUGACCCUUUAAACUUCACUAGGCAUUGUGUGUAUGUGUGUUUCGUCACCUGUACCCCAGCUGUUUUCGGCUUCUACCGACCCAGGAACGGCCCACUGAGGAGUAAUUUCUCACUGGGGCUAGGCCACUGGUUCUCAGGCAGGGAGUUAUUUUCCCCAGCAUGAGUUCAGCUGAGUUUUUUUUAGAUGGGGUGGGUUUACGUAUCAGACCUGACCCUAAAGGUUAACAUGCUGUAACUCUGCUCUUUUUGUGCCCUCUGCCUUAAAAAUAGCCCCUCCUCCCCUCAUGUAAUGCACCGAGCGGGCCGGCUGGCACACACCCCAAAAUGGACAAAACUACUCAAAUGUAUUACGAGUCCUAUACCGGGAACACUUUGUUUAAACCUUACCCGUCCACCCAGCGUACUAUUAGCAGUCCGCGAUGACUUAUGACGACACAAACAAAGACGCGCAUGUAUGUACAGUUGAAGUUGGAAGUUUACAUACACCUUAGCAAAAACAUUGAAACUCAGUUUUUCACAAUUCCUGACAUUUAAUCCUAGUAAAAAAUCCCUGUCUUUGGUCAGUUA